AUGUGCCGCCAAUACUUCAUGGUCUACGAAUGGUGCCGGUGCGAAGAAGAUGCCGGCCAACAGAUCUGCCCCGCGCGCAACGACAACAAUUACUGCCCAGAGAUGGCCAUUGAGACGGUCCACAUGUACUGUUUCUGCCACGGGCACGCCACCCACGGCUUCAAAUCGGAGCGCAAGUUACAGAGGAAGGAGCGCAAGCGCUUUUCGAUGCUGAGCCUGGGCGAGAAGGGCGAGAAGAGCGUGCUCGCCCCGCGGAAGAAGAAAUGGUACCAUUUCUGUAGCCUCCGGUCGCGGACCUUUUAG